UCUCUUGAAAAACACACCAUGACGACGUCCUUACUAGACAAACCAUUCUUCUCCUUUCUCCACAUCCUGUUUUUGCUCCUUCACAUAUUCAGCUUUUCUUCUUUCUUUGCUUUAGCUAAACACACUUCCUCCCCAACUUCACCAUUUGGUAAUAAUAAUACAGAAGCUGAGGCUCUUCUCCAAUGGAAAGCCAGUCUUGACAACCAAAGCCAAUCUCUCCUUUCUUCUUGGGUCGGCAUCAGCCCUUGCAUUAACUGGAUUGGAAUCACCUGUGACAAUUCUGGAAGCGUCACCAUUUUGAGCCUUGCAGACUUUGGCUUGAGAGGUACGCUUUAUGAUUUCAACUUCUCGGCCUUCCGUAAUCUUUUUGGUCUUGACCUUCCGAACAAUUAUCUUUUUGGAACCAUCCCACGUGAAAUUGAAAAAUUAAAAAAUUUAUCUGUCCUUGGUCUUUGUAGGAACCAACUCUCUGGUUCCAUCCCUUCUUCUAUUGGAAAAUUAAGAAAUUUAUCUUUGCUUUACCUUUAUCGAAACCAACUCUCUAGUUUCAUUCCUCAGGAAAUUGGGUUGCUAGAAUCUCUCAAAAAACUUGACUUGUCAAAUAAUGUUUUAACUGGUGAAAUCCCUUAUUCCAUUAGAAAAUUAAAAAAAUUAUCUUUUCUUGGCCUUUACCGGAACCAACUCUCUGGUACCAUCCAUUCUUUUAUUGGUAACAUGACAAUGCUCACUAAACUUUUUCUAGGUCACAAUAAUUUAUCUGGAUGUGUUCCUUCAGAAAUAGGACAACUUAUAUCCCUUGUGGACUUGAGAUUACAUGAGAACAAAUUUCACGGCCCAUUGCCCUCAGAGAUGAACAAUCUCACCCAUUUGAAGUAUUUGUCUUUGGGUAUCAACGAAUUCACGGGUCAAUUGCCACUAGAUUUAUGCCAUGGAGGAGUAUUGGAAGACUUUAUUGUUGACCACAACUAUUUCUCAGGUUCAAUCCCGAAAAGCUUGAAAAACUGCACUAGUUUAUACCGAGUAAGCCUUGAUUGGAAUCAAUUAACAGGAAAUAUUUCUGAGGUUUUUGGUGUCUAUCCACAUCUGGAUUAUAUUGAUUUGAGUUACAAUAAUUUUUAUGGUGAGCUUUCUUCAAAAUGGGGAGAUUAUCGUAACAUGACAAGCCUAAAAAUCUCAAACAAUAAUGUUUCUGGUGAGAUACCACCAGAGCUUGGGAAGGCUACUCAAUUGCACUUGAUAGAUCUGUCAUCAAAUCAGUUAAAAGGAGCCAUCCCAAAAGAUUUAGGGGGUUUGAAGUUGUUGUACAAGCUUCUCCUUAACAACAACCAUCUUUCAGGUGCCAUUCCCUUAGAUAUUAAGAUGCUUUCCAAUCUUCAAAUCCUUAAUUUAGCAUCUAAUAAUCUGAGUGGAUUGAUUCCGAAACAACUUGGGGAAUGCUCGAAUUUAUUGUUGCUGAACCUCAGCGGUAAUAAAUUUAGAGAAAGCAUUCCAGGUGAGAUAGGCUUUCUCCUUUCUCUUCAAGAUCUUGAUCUUAGCUGCAAUUUCCUGACUCGAGAGAUACCGAGGCAACUUGGGCAACUGCAAAGGUUGGAAACUCUGAAUGUCUCUCACAACAUGCUUUCUGGACGGAUUCCGAGCACUUUCAAAGACAUGCUAAGCUUAACAACUGUGGAUAUAUCAUCCAAUAAGCUACAAGGCCCCAUUCCCGAUAUCAAAGCCUUCCACAACGCUUCAUUUGAGGCAUUAAGGGAUAAUAUGGGUAUAUGUGGCAACGCCAGUGGUCUGAAGCCGUGCAAUCUUCCAAGAAGCAGCAAAACUGUUAACAAACUUGUGGUUUUGAUUGCACUCCCUCUUUUAGGAAGCUUGCUUUUAGUGUUUGUUGUGAUUGGAGCUUUAUUCAUUCUCUGCAAAAGAGCUAGGAAGAGAAACGCUGAGCCAGAAAAUGAACAAGAUCGAAACACAUUCACGAUAUUGGGCCAUGAUGGGAAGAAGUUGUAUGAGAAUAUCGUCGAAGCUACAGAGGAAUUCAACUCCAACUACUGCAUUGGCGAAGGAGGAUAUGGAACUGUUUAUAAAGCAGUGAUGCCAACAGAACAGGUGGUUGCUGUGAAGAAACUUCACCGGUCACAAACAGAAAAGUUGUCCGAUUUUAAAGCUUUUGAAAAGGAAGUUUGUGUGUUGGCAAAUAUUCGACAUCGAAAUAUUGUGAAAAUGUAUGGAUUUUGCUCACAUGCAAAGCAUUCUUUUUUGGUUUACGAGUUCAUUGAAAGAGGAAGCUUGAGAAAGAUUAUAACCAGUGAGGAACAAGCAAUUGAGUUCGAUUGGAGGAGAAGGCUAAACGUUGUGAAAGGGGUGGGUGGAGCUUUAUCCUAUCUACACCAUUCUUGCUCUCCUCCGAUCAUUCAUCGAGACAUUACCAGCAAUAAUAUCCUUCUGGAUUUGGAAUAUGAAGCACACGUCUCCGACUUUGGCACAGCUAGACUGUUGAUGACUGACUCAUCCAAUUGGACCUCAUUUGCAGGUACUUUUGGAUAUACUGCUCCAGAGCUAGCUUACACAAUGAAGGUGACUGAAAAAUGCGAUGUCUAUAGCUUCGGAGUGGUAACAAUGGAGGUGAUGACAGGAAGGCACCCAGGCGAUCUCAUUUCAGCACUCUUAUCACCAGGAUCUUCGUCAUCAUCGUCGAUGCCACCGAUUGCUCAACAUGCACUAUUGAAGGAUGUGUUAGACCACCGCAUCUCGCUUCCUAAAAAAGGAGCAGCAGAGGGCGUUGUCCACAUGAUGAAAAUUGCACUUGUAUGCUUGCAUGCCAAUCCUCAAUCUCGGCCUACAAUGGAAAAAAUUUCUUUCGAGCUUACAACUAAGUGGCCUCCACUGCCUAAGGCAUUUUGCACAAUAAGUUUGGGAGAUCUCUUCUCAUAGUGUAUAGCUAGCUACUUCUAUUCGAUUAUCAAUUGGAACAAUAGUUAUUUGUAAUAUGAAUUUUUCAUCGAAAUUUUUUUCUUUCAAAUUAUGUUGGCACUGUUUUAUGCGUUAGAAUUUG